CCCGCCCACGGCCUGGCAAGAUGGCGGCGCCCAGGAGCGCGGGCGAGGCAGUGGAAGCGGGCUUGGAGUCGGUGUUCCCUCAGGAGCUGGCUCUGUUCGCGGAGGCCUUCCCGGCGGAGGCGCGCUACCGGCUCUGCGGGCACGAGCUGAGUAUCGCCCAGCAUCACGGGGGGCGCCUGGGGGUGGCUGCCCCCGUUUGGGAAGCGGCUUUAACACUCUGUGAAUAUUUUGAGGCCGAGAAGCUAAACUUUUGGGGCAAGAAGGUUAUAGAACUAGGUGCUGGGACAGGAGUGGUGGGCAUCAUGGCUUCUCUCCUAGGAGGUGAUGUGACCAUCACAGAUCUUCCUGUGGCCUUGAAGCAGAUAGAGGAGAAUGUCCACCGGAACCUACCUGUGAAGUGCUUGGGUCGAACCAGAGUUUGUGCUCUGUCAUGGGGUGUGGACCACACCAUGUUCCCUCAAAAUUAUGACUUCAUUUUGGGUGCAGACAUAGUCUAUCUCAAGGACAUGUUCCCCUUGUUGAUCAGAACGCUCCAGCACCUAUCUGGUGCACAGUCCACUAUCUAUCUGUCUUCCAAAAUGAGGCAAGAACAUAGUACUGCAUUGUUCUUUGAGACUCUGCUCCCCAUGCACUUCACCUCAGAACUGGCCUUCAGAGAUGAGACUGAAAACAUUAACAUCUACAAAGUGACCAGCAAAAGUCAUACAGGACAAUGAGUUUGCCAGUUCACCAUAGACAAUGUGGCAAAACACUACCCUUUCCACAUUUUUUUUUAAAAAUGAAGAUCCAGAAAUGUUACUGAGUGAGCCACCAGUUCAUGGGAGUUGCUCUUGAAGGUUUCUGCUCACCAGAUAAUAGUAAUUUUUCUAAUAGUGACUGUCCAAGUUGACUCUUGCAGUAAAAUAAAUUCCCUAGUCCAGGGGUCCCCAAACUAAGGCCUGGGGGCCACAUGCGGCCCAUUGAAGCCAUUUAUCUGGCCCCUGUGGCGGUGGCUCCCUCCUCCUCCACCGAGGAAGGCGUGUGCGGCGCCUCCUCCCUCACCUGGUGCACACUUUCCAAAGCUUUGCUUGUUUAUAAUGGUAUUUUAAUUAUUAUUUAAUUAAUAAUUAAUUAAUUAUUAAGGGGUGCUUUGCUAGUGCUUUUGGUGCACAAAGGCAGAAGGGGGUUGGACUAAAUGGCCCAAGCGGACUCUUCCAAUCACCUUCUAUUAUUAUUAUUAUUAUUAUUAUUAUUAUUAUUAUUAUUAUUAUUGACACAAAGACACAGUAUAACACAGCAAACAAGAUAUAUAUGCUGGAUUUCAUAUCACAAAUUCACAAGCUGAACACUUCCUAAGCAUUUAGGACUGUGUGAUGUAUUAUUGUUACUAUUAUUAAUAACAUUGAGGCUGGGUGGCCAUCUGUCAGGGGUGCUUUGCUUAUGCUUUUGGUGCACAAAGGUAGAAGGGGGUUACACUAAAUGGCCCAAGGGGUCUCUUCCAACCCUCUUUAUUAUUUUUAUUAUGAUUAUGAUUAACACUGAGGCUGUAUUUGUUCCCGUUCGUUUCUUUUUGCUUCAAAAUUAGAGAUGUGCAGUGUGCAUAGGAAUUUGUUUAUAGUUUUUUUUCAACUGUAGUUCAAUUGUAGGGACCAUGAACUAGCCUCCUGUUUAAAAAGUUUGGGGACCCCUGCCCUAGUCACUGCAAGAGAAAGGAACAUUGUGUCUCAGAAGUGGCAAAGCUGAUGGAUGUGUGCUCAGUGUUUUUUACCAUCUCAAACCGCCACCAACACAGCAAACUUGCAGAUACAGACCAAUUUAUGGAAUGAGGUUACUGAAUAUUUCAAAUAAUUACAGAUAAUGUUCAGAAGAAAGGAUUAAGAGAAAAGUGUAACAAGUUCUAAAAAUAUACAAAGAGUAAAAGGAUACCAAAUGUCCAGUGGCUGCAUAGGUUAUAACUAGCCGCUCUUGUUAGAGACAAUCUUGAACUCUUUUGUCCAGUGUUUGUUUACAAAGCUCUCAGGUAAUUAUGAAAUUCUCAAGUAAUUGGGACCAUAGACAGUAAAAUCCACAAAAUGGGGGUAAAUCAUUGGGCCAAAUACAAAUCACAAAACUCAUCGCACUUUAUAGUUGCUCCAGUAAAUUUAUCCAUUUUGUGGAUUUGGAAUUUAUUUUAUUUCUCUACGUAGUCAACAAGUAUCUGUUGGGGUUUGGUUCUAGGACCCUGCUCAAGUUCCAUUAUAUACAAUGGUGUAUAUAAAUGGCAUAUUUGAUUUUUAAAAAGUAAAUGACAUAAGUGCUGGAGAGAGUGAGGAUCUGUAAAAUGUCAGGAAGUUAUAAUGGUAUGCUUUUGGAGUAUUUUUCUGCAUAUUUAUCCAUAUGUAGAAAAGUUGUGGAUAUGGGAGGCUGAGGUUGUAUGUUAAAGAACAGUAAAAUAUCAAAACAAAACAACUUGAUUAGAUAGGCCUUGCAAUCUCUUCCAGCUCAGUUAUUCUAACUGUUUGCCUACUGUGAAGAAAAUAGCUUCAGCUCCACUGAUACCAGGUGUUGCAGGGUGUGUACCAUAUUGUGGAAUGAUUUAUUUUCAUGGAAAUAUUUGAAAGUAAUAUUUUUGAGGCAUCAAGGGAAGAACAUGUGUGCUAGCACGUGGUUCUUGCUCAUGUCCCUGGGACCAGGGCUUUUUUUGCUGCUCUUAGUGGAAUUUGUCAAACCAAUGAGGUUGCCUCUGAUACAGCAGAUGGGAAAUGUAGCUUCUGGGGCCCAAAUCCAUAUUCCCUAAAGCUUUUGAAAGCCCUCAUGUUCCCCGCCUCCAUUAAAAAAAAUGUUUGGGCAAUUUUAUAGGCUAAAACCAAAAGCACUAGUUGCAUUGGGAAACCAUUUAGCAGACCCUGGGCCCCUGGCAUCUCUGCAAUCGCUCAGCCCUGCUCUAAUGCUUGUCCUCUGCUUUUUAAAAAAAAAAGAUGCCAAAAAUAAGGAAGCACAAUGAACUGUUACCCAAGUUCACAAAAAGACACCAUGAUGCCUUUUCUCCCUUUGAGAGAUGCUUUUUAUACAUUCUAGUGUAAUAGUUUUUGUAAGCUCAGCACUAAACUGUAUACCUAUGCAUUUCUUUUUUUACUAUAAGGUAUCGUCCCAUUCUUUUAGACAUCUACGUUUCUGUUCACUAUGUUUGAUAUCUAAAAAUAACUGCAUGCGAAUGUCCCAAGUGCCGUUUUAUUCAACAUGUUCAUUACAAAAACCAUUGCAAGUACUGUUUAUACUGUGUCUCGUUUUUUUCUCAUUGUAAUUGCUUGGAAAACUACCCUAGCAUCCAUAGUUUUAAAAUAAUAUUGGGACUGUAUGACACAACUGGUUAGAGGACAAAAAGUGUUUUAUUACUUGAGAUCCUUCACUGACUGUACUUCCAUUGACCAGUUGUUUAAGUAUGUAUAUUACUAAACAACUAUGUAGUAUUUUUAAAAUUCUCAAAUAUGA